CGUCAUUGAACGAUUGCCUCCCUCCGACUGACAGUCCAGUCAGUGUGUAGCUACAAUCGGCAUUCGGCGAGAGAUCGGAGAACUGCGGGAGAAGCGAGUUCACAACUCUCUGUUGAAGAUUCCGCAUAAACCACGGGUUCCUCUUCAGACAGCGGGCUCAGAAUACAAAGUCCUGAGUAGUUCUUCAGCCUCCCCAUCGGCGUCCAGUCCCAUCAGGUUCGGCGUCACCUGGAGUCCAGAAACCUCUUCCACGGCGUUCUCUGCCCCGUUUUCUCCAGUUCUCAGAGCGGGCCGGUCCGGCAUUCCAAGCUGGACGAAGGGGAGACGAGCGGGCCCGAGGGCCCGGGCUUUGUGCUGCGCCACAGAACUUUACACGCGGCAGAAGAUGCGACUGUUUGCUCGCAUACAGAUCCUAUGAGUCCCCAGGAGAAGGGAGACACCACCUCAGGUCCUUCAACCAGCCACCUCAGCGUCGCAGGGUGCCACCCACACAAUGGGAGUGUUCCGGAGAGCGACGAGGAGAAAAGAGAAAACGAGGAGGAGGACGACGGAGGAGAAGACGAGAAGGAGCAGGAGGAGGACGAGAAGAGCAGCGACGAGGGCUUCAUGGGAAUGACUCCGCUGUUGCAGGCUCAUCACGCCAUGGAGAAGAUGGAGGAGUUUGUCCACAAGGUGUGGGAGGGCCGGUGGCGCGUCAUUCCCCACGACGUGCUGCCCGAUUGGCUGAAAGACAACGACUACCUGCUUCACGGUCACAGGCCGCCCAUGCCUUCGUUCCGCGCCUGCUUCAGGAGCAUCUUCAGGAUCCACACGGAGACGGGCAACAUCUGGACACAUCUGCUAGGCUGCCUGUUUUUCCUCUGCCUGGGUCUGAUGUACAUGUUCAGGCCCAACAUGUCCUUUGUGGCUCCGGUCCAGGAGAAGGUGGCGAUCGGGAUGUUCUUCCUGGGAGCCAUCCUGUGCCUGUCGUUCUCGUGGCUCUUCCACACGGUCUACUGCCACUCGGAGGGCGUGUCCCGCGUCUUCUCCAAGCUGGACUACAGCGGGAUCGCCUUCCUGAUCAUGGGCUCCUUUGUCCCCUGGUUGUACUACUCCUUCUACUGCUCCCCUCAGCCGUGCUUCAUCUACCUGAUUGUGGUGUGCGUACUGGGCCUGGCCGCCAUCACCGUCUCCCAGUGUGACUUUUUCGCCACGCCGCAGUACAGAGGAGUCAGAGCAGGCGUGUUUGUGGGCCUGGGUCUGAGCGGCGUGGUUCCCAGCCUGCACUUUGUCAUCAGCGAGGGUCUGAUCAAGGCCACCACCAUCGGUCAGAUGGGCUGGUUGCUGCUGAUGGCUACGCUCUACAUCACCGGAGCCUGUCUAUACGCCGCUCGCAUCCCGGAGAGGUUCUUCCCUGGAAAGUGUGACAUCUGGUUCCACUCGCACCAGUUGUUCCACAUCUUGGUUGUUGCUGGGGCUUUUGUUCACUUCCACGGUGUGUCCAACCUACAGGAGUUCCGCUACACGGCGGGCGGAGGCUGCACGGCGGACGGCGCUUAUUAAUAAACGCACGGAUUGACCCUGAGACACUGUUUGUUUCUGGGGAGGGCGCUGCUUUGGACGAUAUGCACAGGACUUACACCCCAUCAUCCCGAGACGCAUCACGACGCGCGGGGGCGGUCGGUCAGUGAAACCGACCCUGGAGGGUCUCCCCCUUCUACAUCCAGACCUUCUCUGGGUCAAAACAAAACCACUUCUGAGAUGGUGUUUUUUAUAAACUAGUUUUCCAAACUAGCUACCAGCUACUCUUUCAAGAAGCUGUAGAGGUUUUAGAGCAUCCAACUAUGAAUUGGGAAAAAAUGUGUUUGAAUUUCUUCUGUGAAGGUUGCAGUGGGAGAUGUUGGGGUGGGCGGUUAAUAGUCACUUUUAAAAAAAAAAACUUUUUCAUGUAAAUAAGAUUUCAAAAUUUUUGGUUAUAGAUUUGUAUUAAAUAUAUAAGAAAAUUUAAAAAAUUGUGAGAUUGCAAGAAUAAAUGGAUAAGUUAGACCAUAAAUUGAAUGAAGAGGAGGUCAAUUGACGUUUGUCCCGGCAGCAAUGUGCAGCAGAGGAACUCAUGGAUUCAUUAUGUUUGUAUAUGCAACAGUGAGAGUUUGGAGGCGACACCAAACGCUAGCAAUCACCAGCAGCAGGUGUGAAGCAACAGAGGAAGAACCGUUGACUAUUUACUUUAUGCGAUUCUUUAUUUUUGCGUUGAGGCCACGCUCUGAAGUUUGCCUGUGUUUAAUAGGUUGCGAUGCGAUAUUAGGCCCCGGGCCCUCACGAGUCAAACGCGUGUAGCGGUCGACAGCAAAACCAAAGUCCAAUCUAUCAAAAGUCCAAGUUAACUUGAUAUGUAGCCUUUACACUUAUUGUAUCAUCUGACUGUAAAUUGUUGACAUAAAGAGGCUGCAAAAGAUGCUAAAGAGAAGUUGAAGAUAUUUUUCUAAGCCGGGCCCCAAGUGAAACAUAUCAUUUUAAUGGCAUGUAUUGUAGUAUUUCUGCAGUACAGAGUCAGGUCAUGAUGUGACUCAAAACCCGUCUAUGUUGGAUUCAUAUCAGUUGUUUUUAUUGAAAGGUUUGAUUUGUUUUUUGGUUCAUGUCUCUGUUGGAAAAUAAAUAAGGAAUGAAGUGAUAGUUUCCUGAAGUUAUCGCCACUGUCGGCACCAAAUGGCCUGUGUUCAGUGGAGACUAGAUGUCUGAGUGUUUAAAACAAGGCUCUAAACAGCAGCUUAAAUGCAGAUGGGAGUGAGAAGCAUCUGUUAUUUGUGUCAUGCUUUACUUAGCGUAAGAAAGAAUGAAAACCAAAUUGUGUUUCUGUCUUGUUUGAUGUCUUUGUUCCGUUUGGAUUUUAUCUGGUGGUUUAAUUUAUUUCUCUUGGGGGCGCAUAUUGUCAGCCGAAAGCACACGUUCCGAUGGAGUUUGAUGGCAAUAGACCUUUAUAUCUGCUGUAUUGUUGAAAUAAAAGUUUUUCAAUCUGC